AUGGUAGCCAUUGCUGUUGGAAUUUACUCAAAAGAAGGCAGGAUCACUAAUCUUGCUGAACAGGAUGACGAAAUGACUCCUUUAGAGAUAAAACUAAAAAUCCUUGCUGAUAAAAUUUUAUGGAUAGGAUUGAUGGCAGGGUGCUUUGUGAUUGUGAUAUUAUGACUGAGGUUCUUUAUCGAGCUGGGAACUGGAAAUAAUGAAUGAAAUGCUGAUGAUUAUAGAGCUAGCGACUUAAUUUAUGCUAUAAUUGUUGGAAUCAGCGUUAUUGCUGUAGCUAUUCCAGAAGGCUUACCGUUGGCUGUUGCUAUAUCGCUGGCUUAUUCUGUAAGAAAAAUGCAAAAAGAACAAAUCUUAGUAAAAAGACUUUAUGCCUGCGAAACUAUGGGAGGAGCAGACUGCAUUUGCUUAGAUAAAACUGGAAUUUUAACGAAAAUUUAA